AUGUCCAAGAGACAUGUCAGAUGGCUCCAGCCCAUCGGCCGAUGUGCCGACCUCAUUAGUACUCAGCUGGCCCAGUCGCACCGUCGGCCACUAUUGCUCGCGCUGAUUUGUAAAUCCAGUUCGUCCCGCUUGAUGCAAUCAGCCGGUCAUUGCCCCGGCCAUGAUCAGCCAAUCAUCCAUCAAAGGUCUGCCUCCGGGAUCACUCGGUAG